AUGUUUGACGUUGUGUCUGAUGUCAGAGAAUAUCGGCAUUUCAUACCAUGGUGUCGGCGGUCAGACAUUAUUGAAAUACAUGGGAACGCACGAAUAGGCGAGCUCGAAAUCGGAUUCCCACCACUGAACGAGAGUUACCGAUGCCGAAUUACUGUGCUCCGGCCAUCAGUCGUUCACUCUAUUGUGAUUGGUGAAUCAAUAUUCAACACACUGGAGACGACUUUUAAAUUCGCAAAAGACACCGACUCCUCUUGUGUGUUGCACUACGAUCUGGUUUUCGAAUUCAAAUCGCGGCUGCAUUCGCAAAUGGCUUACCUGUUCUUUGACAAAGUUGUCAAAACCAUGGUAGGAGCGUUUUUGCGAAGAGCGGAAAAGAUUCAUGGAAAGCCGUCUCUACCUCAUUCUCCGCCAGAAAUUCUUCGAUAUAGGAGAUAA